AAGCUAGUCUCUUUGACAACGAGGUGCUGCUGAGUAGAACUAGGUACCUUUCCGCACGUCUACCGACGACCAGCACAAUGCCGCGGGUCUACAUUGGACGUUUGAGUUAUCACGUCCGUGAAAAGGACAUUCAGAGGUUUUUCAGUGGAUAUGGAAAGCUUUUGGAAAUCGAUCUGAAAAAUGGGUAUGGCUUUGUUGAGUUCGAUGAUAAUCGCGACGCGGACGACGCGGUGUAUGAGCUCAAUGGAAAGGAGCUCUGUGGCGAGCGUGUUGUUGUUGAACAUGCUCGCGGACCUCGGCGUGAUCGCGAUUCAUACGGUGGGGGUUAUGGGGGUGGCGGUCGCAGUAGUGGUUACAGCAGCAGGAGCCGCAGUGGUCGGGAUAAGUACGGACCUCCUGUUCGUACCGAAUAUAGGCUCAUUGUGGAAAACUUGUCAAGCCGCUGCAGUUGGCAAGACCUUAAAGACUUCAUGCGCCAGGCAGGAGAGGUCACCUAUGCUGACGCACAUAAGGAGCGCACCAACGAGGGGGUGAUCGAGUUCCGCUCGCACUCGGACUUGAGGCGCGCGCUGGACAAACUCGACGGCACCGACAUCAACGGCAGAAAAAUCCGCCUGGUCGAAGACAAACCCCGUCGCCGCCGCUCCUACUCUGGCAGUCGUUCACGGUCCCGCAGUCGCCGUCGCUCUCGUAGCAGGAGUCGCAGAAGCAGCCGCUCACGAAGCCGCUCCAAAUCCCGCUCCAGGUCCCGUUCCAGGAGGAGGCGUUCACGCUCUCGCUCUGGCCGCAAAUCUCGCUCCAGGUCGGGCGGGCGCAAGUCGCGGUCCAAGUCGGCCACGCGCAAGUCCAGCUCCCGGAAGUCCCGCUCCAGGUCCCGAACCCGGAAGUCCCGCAGCCGCUCGGCCAGCGGCAAGUCCCGCUCGCGCUCCGACAACCGCAAGUCUCGGUCAAAGAGCCGCUCCAAGGUGAAGUCGGAGAGGGACUCGCGCAGCCGCUCCAACGAGAAGCAGGCGGUGGCCAAGUCCCGCAGCCGCUCCGCCAGCCCCAUCAAGAACGGCAAGGAAGACGGCGCCAAGUCUGCCUCCAGGUCUCCCUCACCCGCCGCCGACAAGAGCCACUCAAAGUCUCCGGCUCGCCGCUCAGCCUCUCGCUCCAAGUCCCGCACCCCGGCUCGCUCAAAGUCCCCUUCACGCUCUCGCUCCCGCUCUCGAUCCCACUCUCGUUCCAGAUCUGCAUCCCAGGAUUAGAAUUGGGAGCUUCACAGUAGUCUUGGCUUUUUGUCCACAACCUCUUGAAAGGGGCUUAACUAGAUAUGUUGACUGGUCCCUGCAAAAAGGGGCAAUGUCUGAGCAUUUCUGCCCCCUUGACUGCUUCCUUGGUCAUGUCCAAGUGCAUAUGUACAGUCUCUGCUUUAACUGGUAAUCUUAAAUAUUUUAUCCGAGGCAUGGCAUUGAUGACUGUAGCUCAUGAUUUUUUUUGUCUACGGGUGUCUAUUGUAAGGAAAUGGGUUCUUCCUGAAGAGCUUGCCAGUGUACACCAGCCCCUUGUGAUUUUUUUUGGUUUUAUUUUAUUUUUAUCACUGCCUGUCUGUUGGUUUGAUUUUCAGUUUGAUUGGUGUUGGCUUGAUUCUUGCUCAUUCGGAGGUAUUUGAUUGUAACGUGGUCAUUUUUUAUUAAACUUUCUUACAAUUAUUUA